AAGCAUCCUCACAUCACACCACCUUUAUAAGAGGUAACCGUUUGGUAAGGUGGGAGACUUACGUAAAGAAAAAACCGUAAAGAAAACGCGAAAAGACUUCGUCCAAAAACAAGAGGAAAUUUACAGAGAAUUUUCUUCGAAGAGCAACAAUAAAAGAAUGGGCUCGUCUGGUGUACAGAUCGUGUGUAUGGCACUGGGAAUUUUAGGUCUCAUUGCAGCAGUGGUGACCAUUGCUGUUCCAAGGUGGAAGGUUUCUGCUUUUAUUGGCAAUAACAUUAUCACUGCACAGGUUCAGGAAGAGGGCUUGUGGAUGGAGUGUGUGGUUCAGAGUACCGGACAGCAGCAGUGUAAAGCUUACGAAUCGCUGCUCAUCCUGAGCUCUGACCUUCAAGCGGCCCGUGCCAUGACCAUCAUCAGCUGCAUGCUCGUUGUCCUGUCCCUGCUCACUUUGUGCGCCGGCGCCGACUUCACCACCUGCAUCGAAAACGAAGAAGUCAAACCCAAAGUGAGUCUGGUGUCCGCUGUUGGGCUGAUCGUCGCGGGUUUGUUGCUGAUCAUCCCCGUCAGCUGGGCCGCUAAUAAUGUCGUGCGCGAUUUCAACAAUCCGCUGGUUAACCAAUCUCAGAAGAGAGAGCUGGGUGCCUGUAUCUUUGUGGGCUGGGGAGGUGGAGUCCUGCUCCUGCUGGCUGGAGGCUUGCUUUGCUGCUUCAGCAGACCCCGCUCUGGAGGAUCCAGCGGAACCGCCAAAUACUACAGCAACAGCGCCUCUGCACCAAGCAAGAAUUACGUUUAGACAAAAUGGGAGUAGUCACAAAAAUCUAAGCUGUAGUUUGUCAAAUAUGUUUGUGUUAGCAAGUAGUCUUUACAGUUGGUAGGUAACGAGAAUAACAAACUUGAAAAGGUCAAGAUCCAGAAUGAUGUAAAUAUUACUGGAGCAUAGAAAAACUGUCCUUAAGCUUUUUAAUGCUGCAAUUUCUUAAAGCAGCUAUUAAACGAUGCACUUGGGAAACAUUUCAGGGAUGGGCCGAGCUUGUGUCCAAAAUACUUUCAGGUCAUUGUAUCUAUGCUAAAUCCUUGUCAUUUCAAAAAUGCUACUGAAUAACUGGAUUCAAUAUUUUUAAGUAAUAAAGAACGGAUAUUUUUGUAAGGAUUUUUCAGGGUAUGGGAAUCUACUGUAAGCUGUACAUUUACAAUACAAUGUUUUUUUGUUUUUUUUUUUGCGUGUGUAUUUGGUCAUAAUCAUUUCUAUUGCCUUUCAUGUAUUUUCAAUAAAACUGACUGAUUUAAAGGUUCAUGAAACACCAGAUUUUAGCAGAGGUGUUUGUGUUGCACAUCAUAGAUGACAAUGUUGGCAUCCGUUAAUUUUAAUUGUUGAAUAAAACUGGUUAAUUUA